AUGGCGACCGACGCUCAAAUGAAGAGUGAAAUCGCAAGGCUUACAGCUUCUAUCAACCAGCACAAGUCCUCAAUAUCGAAACCACCAUACCGAGCCAACUCCUACGUCAACCCCAAUUAUCGCCCGGCUCCCAACAAAUACAUCCGACCUCCAACUUUCCCGCCAGUCGUGCCAGCACCGAUCCGGUUUCAACCUGGAACUCAAGUCAAGAAAGAGGUUGUCCUCAAUGGGGUCGCUUUUGAAUCAUCCAAAAGAUCCCUUGUUCGGAAAGAUUGCAAGUUCUCUUUUGCUGUGCACCCAAACUUUGACCUCGCCAUAGUGCCAAUGCCGCCAUCGACGUCAAUAAAACCGCCAUCCUCAGCUCCACCGCCAACUCGACGACCGAACUUUCUGACAAAGCCCGGCGCUCGCGUGUACAAGCCCAAAUCCUCUCGUGGUCGCCCUCGAGGAGGACCUGUGAAUAUGACCCUUAACAAUUCCCGUCGACCAUACCAAUCUGGACGGCGGACGAACAAACGACUCAACAAGCCAUGCCCCCAAUUCACAACGACAGGCUCCUGUUCUCGUGGUCUCACAUGCCCAUAUUUGCACGACCCUGCCAAGAUCGCCAUCUGCUGGAAGUUCCUGCAAGGCAACUGUGCGAAUACGGCUGAGACAUGCAAUCUUUCUCACGACCCAACACCACAACGGACGCCUCUCUGUCUACAUUUCCUCAACAACGGCCGGUGCACCCGCGAAGCCUGUCUCUUCCCUCACGUCAACGUCGGCGCCCGACAAGGAGUCUGUCGCGAUUUUGCGGUCUUGGGUUACUGUGAACGUGGUCUUGACUGUGACAAACAACACGUGCGCGAAUGCCCCGACUUUGCAGAACGGGGAGAAUGUGCAACCCCGCGAUGCAAGCUUCCUCACGUUAUCCGGGCCAACCGCAAUCGACAAGCAACAACAUCCGUUGCUAAGGUAGCGACAACAACACCGGCUCCUCUCUCUCUUCCUGCUGCUACUGACUCUGCUGUGUCGGCCAAAGACGCCCAACUUGGUGAUGAGUAUAUUUCUCUUACUUUUCAUGAAAGUGAGAGCGAUGAGGAGAGCGACGAGGAAGAGAGCGAAAGCGAGGGGAGUGAAGAGCAGGAUGAUGGCUCUAAUGGAGACUCCCCGUGA